AUGACCCCCGUACACUUCAGUUUCAGCUCAGCAUUCAUACUAGGACUUAUAGGCUUAGCCUUCCACCGAACACACCUUCUAUCAGCCCUGCUCUGCCUAGAAGGAAUAAUACUAUCACUAUUCAUUGCUUUAUCCUUAUGAGCCCUACAAUCAGACUCAACUGUCUCAUCUACAGCCCCAAUAUUACUCCUAGCAUUCUCAGCAUGUGAAGCCAGCGCAGGACUGGCCCUACUCGUGGCCACCUCACGCACACACGGAACCGACCGACUACAAAACCUUAACUUACUACAAUGUUAA